AUGAUCCUAAUAACUCUAAAAUUUGCCAACCAGAGUGGCCAUAAAAUAUUCUUAUCAUUUAUUUUUCCAAUGAUCCAUGUUAAAAAAAUACUUAAUCAUAUAGUUUUUAUCAUUAAUGAAUCAGGAAAGGCAAAAGGCUAUGUUCAAAGAAUGA